GAAAACUGAGGAGUGAGGACCACGCACGCCGAGAUAUUCUAUUUAGGUCUUUUCUAUCCAUUAUUCACAAAGCACCAAAGGGCUAAGGAUUCAGCUUAUUGCAAAAUUGGCCAAGGAAAGGAAGCAACCAAGUUACUUGCUGUCUGGUAUUCAUAUUGCUGUAAAGCAAGCCCUGAAAUGGCGUGUUGGUGACCACGUGCUCUAGUCACGGAAAUCGUCUCUCCGGCUUUGGAAGGCGUAACCAGCCACCGAUCCAGCGAUGGCACAGCUCCUGAACCGUAUCGGCCAACUGGGCGUCGGCCUGGCCAUCACUGGUGGCGUCAUCAACUCGGCCCUCUAUAACGUGGACGCCGGACACCGGGCCGUCAUCUUCGACCGCUUCGCCGGCGUCAAGAACGCGGUGGUCGGCGAGGGCACCCACUUCUUCAUCCCGUGGGUGCAGCGGCCCAUCAUGUUCGACAUCCGCGCGCGGCCGCGGAACGUGCCCGUGGUGACGGGCAGCAAGGACCUGCAGAACGUCAGCAUCACUCUGCGCGUGCUGUUCCGACCGGUGGCCACGGCACUGCCCAACAUCUACACCACGCUCGGACAGGACUACGACGAGCGCGUGCUGCCCUCCAUCACCAACGAGGUGCUGAAGGCGGUGGUGGCCCGCUACGACGCCAGCGAGAUGAUCACGCAGCGCGAGGUGGUCUCGCAGACGGUCUCCGAGGAGCUGACGGAGCGCGCGCGUCAGUUCGGCCUGCUGCUGGACGACAUCUCGAUCACGCACCUGACGUUCGGCCGCGAGUUCACGCAGGCUGUCGAGAUGAAGCAGGUGGCGCAACAGGAGGCAGAGAAGGCCCGAUUCGUGGUGGAGAAGGCGGAGCAGCAGAAGCGGGCGGCCAUCACCUCGGCCGAGGGAGACAAGGUGGCCGCCGAGCUGCUCUCGGCCGCGUUCGCGCGCGCCGGUAACGGUCUGAUCGAGCUGCGACGGAUCGAAGCGGCCGAGGACAUCGCCUACCAGAUGUCUCAGAGCCGGAACGUGGUGUACCUGCCGCAGAACCAGACCACGCUGCUCAACCUGGGCGCCGUCUGAGGUGGGCGCUGACGGGGGAGAGGGAGGGGAGACAACAGGAUGGGGCGGGCCAAGGAUGGAUGUUGCUAGCCUGAGAGGGAUCUGACGAUAGGUUGGUGCGUUCAUCGGCGCGCCGGUUGGGGGAUGAGGUCCAACAGAAGGCCAGGGACCGGUAUAGCGACUGGUGGAGACUCCGCGGCUGUCUGCUGUCCGUUGUGACGAGACUCCGUCGGCUGUCCGCUGUCCUGUCUGACGACUCCGCCGGACGCCGCCAAUUGUCCGAGCUGUCCGAGGCCGUCUUUUGUUCGACGUGACGGUGACUUCCUGCCUGCCGGGGUCGUCAAUAGGGAUUCCUUCUCAGAGAUGUUCGUACCACGGUGCUGAAGACCAUGCUGUUGGAUAUGUGAUUAGUUCUGAUAUCGUGUCGUGCGCGGCUCUUGUCAUCAGGAUUGUCCUAUUAAUGUUCCACUGAUGCAAUACAAGCCUAGAGUGAUUAUA